AUGACUUCUUCACCGUCUUCUUCAGCUGUGACGAUCCCCAUCCCCGGAAAGUCGAUCCUCAAACGUCCGCCGCCAGCCCCACCUUCAUUAUUCUCGCUGUCGAGGCUCAGCCGGCUAUUGCCCGACUCCACGAAAGAUAAUGUCAGCGAGAAAACGGUUCUGAAGAGAGCCCAUUUCAUUCUGCCGGAACUGACCAUUGUCUAUCCAAUAUCGAGCUUUAGCCCGCCAAGUGGACCUGGUGUUCGGGAGGAGAAGAAGGCAGUGGAGGAACGAGAACGAGAAAGAAGACGACGAGUAAUACGAGGAGAAAGAUGGACAAUGGACGAGGUCGAGUCAUUCUGGCGAGAAUGCUGUGCGGGCUGCGAAGAAGUCCCAGAUCCACUGAUUAGUGCUGCGUUCAAGAAGGCAAACGGCUCAAAUCCUCGAAUAGUGGACUUUUCUGGGGUGCAACUGACGACUGGUAAAGCGACAGUGUUAGGCGACGUAUUUACCAUCGAAUGGGGCCUUCGAAGACUUGUGUUCAAGGAAUGUGAUUUGGAUGAAAAUAUACUCAAACCGAUGCUGCACGCGCUUCUCAUACCGAACACGCUCACCUUUCUAUCUGUCGCCUCGAACCGACGACUGAAAACGGCUGCUUUUCGUCUGAUUGCCGCCUUUGCCGCCAAGUCAACAUCACUCGAGUUUCUGGACCUAAGCCAGAACGCACUCGACAAGAAGAGUGUAGAGUUGCUUGUCGCUGCGUUGACUACCCUCAUUACCCUUCGUCUAGAUGACUGUUCUCUUCGUCCUGGAGCCCUUGAAACCCUCUCCCGUGCCGUACGGACUUCCAACCUUCGUAAUAUAUCGCUGCGGUACAACAGGAUAAACCCCACGGGCGCUGUCGCUCUUGCUCUAAUGAUCAGGGAUUAUCCUGAUGUCGUACCAGCAACCACAGCAAGCGCGACGUCCUCAAACUCAUCUACUCCUACUAAUUCCAACUCCCCGACUUCUGCGGCAAUUCAGCUUAAAAAUGGGCCGCUUCCACCGCCACCGAAGCAUCCUACGACAAAUGUCCAGACAACGUAUACACCAUAUGUCCCGCGCGCGAAGCGUGCUCAGACGUCACCUGCGGUUCCCAUGAUCACUUCAAGUUCACAAGGAGGGGUGACUACGAACAAUGUCAAGGAAGAAUGGGGACCUUCUGCGGCGCUCCUCGUCAAAGUUCGCGCGCUUGACACGCUGCCGAGGAUUGGUGCUCUAAGGACAUUGGAUUUAAAGGGGAAUGAGCUUCGCGGGGGAAUAACGUAUGUCGCACAGGUCCUGAAACGGAAUCGGACGCUCAAGGUGCUCAAUUUGAGCGAGAACAAACUCGACGUGAUAGGGCUGGUGGCCAUAGCGGAGGCACUCAAGUAUAAUUCGUCGCUGGAAACGCUAGAUCUGUCGAAGAAUCCGUGUGCAGGGCCCGCACUAGACGGGAUAACUUCGCUUCGAACGGCAUUCACACUCAACGCUUCCCUGAAACGACUCUUCCUUUCUUCUACUGGUUUGACUUCUCCCGGAGCCAUCGCACUAGCAGAGUUCCUUCCAGAGUCGCGGUCGUUGUUGCACCUGGACUUGACGAGGAACGAGUUAGACCUAGCAGGGGUAUGGGCACUAAAUAAGGGCCUGAAAUCUAAUCACACGAUGCGAUGCUUAGAUCUUGACGUACCUCCUGGGAGAGAAGAAUUCGCAGGUUGUUGUCGAGAGAUUCUUGGCUGGUGCGUACGCAAUACGGAGGAAGCAGAGGCUAAGCGAGGAGAAGUAGCGGACCAAGAAAACGGUGCCGCUGACGGUGGCAAUGGAAGAAACAAAGGUUUAUGGGGUUUGAUCGAGGACAGCGAGUUGGCAAGAGGUAUCAGGGAAGGAGAGGAGAGAAAGAUUGAGACUGAUGUUGUAGUACGCGCGCGCUCAUGCGUCGCACAACUUCAGAACCUGCUUAACCCUGCAGAGCCAUCACCACUGAGUACACCACACCUAACGUCACCGUCUUUAUCAGCCCCAUCUCCGCUACCAUCGUACCUACUCUCUCCGAGCAUAGCAUCAUUCACACUUGCUUCCCGACAGACUCCUACCAAGCUCUCAGCUUCGGAGAUCGCUGCUCGCGCCAGAUCCUUGGUAAGCGAGCUAUCGCAGGUGAUAGAGGAAGAAGGGGAUGGAGGACGAAUGGAAGAACUUUUGGGUAUCAACGAUCAGUUGACCAGUUUACUUGCCAAAGUGCCAAGUCGACCUAUCGGGCUUGGGCUAGUGAUACCCACAACGAACGGCGUCGGAUCUGUAGCCGCUGGCACCUCACCUAAUGGCGACUCCCCCGCCGAGGAACACACGGAUGGGGAAGAAGUGGAGGAGAUUGGCACGCCCCGAGUGGAUAAGGGUAAGGGACGUGCCGAGCCUGUACAUGAAAAGGUGCUUAGUCCGACCGCCGCAUUUCUCAUUUCGGAGGACGAUGCCGAAGAUGGGGAAGGGCCAAGAUUUCCUCCCGUUGAAGCGAGAGACUCGGAGGGGGAUGAGGGUGAGAAGGGGAAGGAGACGAAUCGGUCUCGUAUCUGGGUCGAGGAGGAGGGAGAAGUGUUCCGCAAGGGAACAGUUCUUCUGGGACCCGAAGAGAUGGAAGGGGAGUAUGCUGGAGAGGAACUGCGUAAGGAGCUCCUUGAAGCAAUGGUAGAACGACCACCUCCUCGAAGCGUGGAAGAUUUCUCCCUUGAGCUACCACAAUCAAGCUCAAACUCACAUUCGAAUCCGGGGACGCCGACUGAGGAACAACCUACAUCACCUCCGACGACACCAAGACCAUAUAUAUCGAGAAGGACGAGUUCGGGAAGCCUGAUGAGUCUAGUCAGUCCCACGAGUCCGAGACUGGCCAGCCCUGUGAUAGUGGCGGGGAUGGGGGCUGCAAAGAAUGGGCUGGGAACACCCACGAUAUCGGAACUCGAUGGUGGGCAGCUUGGGCCUAGCAUCUCGAGGCGAGAUCAUUAG